AUGACCUCAAGAAAACUACUACCCAGAACCCACUUCAACCCAAUACCAACCAUCAUCAGAAACUCACUCCAUUGCUCCCAAGAACAACCCACCACCCAAUCAAACCCACCUUUUUUCUCAAAGGGCCCCAACCUCUUAGCCACAGACUUAAUCAAGUCCUACUUCCAAAAGGGCUCCCUCAAAGAAGCACGCAAGGUGUUCGAUGAAAUGUCUGAGAGAGAUGUUGUUACUUGGACUGCCAUGAUUGCUGGCUACACUUCUUGCAGUCACCACAGCAGCGCUUGGGGUGUGUUCUGUGAGAUGUUUAGGAGCGAUAUGGAGCCGAAUGCGUUUACUUUUUCGAGUGUGCUCAAGGCUUGUAAGGGGAUGGUUUCUCUUUUGUGUGGUGCAUUGGUUCAUGGCUCGACGGUUAAGUAUGGAAUGAAGGGGUCUAUCUAUGUUGAGAAUGCGCUUAUGGACAUGUAUGGUGCUUGUUGUGUUAGUAUGGACGAUGCGUGCAAGGUGUUCAGUGAGCUUCAUGAGAAGAAUGCUGUGAGUUGGACUAGUUUGAUCACUGGAUACACUCACAGAGGUGAUGGCUAUGGCGGGCUUCAAGUUUUUCGCCAAAUGUUGCUGGAGGGAGUGGAACCGAACCCAUUUAGCUUUUCAAUUGCGGUUAAAGCGUGCGCUUCAGUUGGCUCGCAAACUUUUGGCAGGCAAUUACAUUCAGCAGUAAUCAAGUAUGCGUUUGAUUCCCAUCUUCCAGUCAUGAAUUCCAUACUGGACAUGUACUGCAAGUUUUGUUGUUUACCAGAGGCAAAGCAGUACUUUGAUGAAAUGAGUCAAAAAGAUCUGAUUACCUGGAACACCUUGAUUUCCGGAUAUGAAAAAUCGGAUCCUAGAGAGUCCCUAAGUAUAUUUUCUCGUAUGGAGUCAGAAGGAUUUAGUCCGAAUAGCUUCACAUUAACCAGCGUUACAGCGGCCUGUGCUAACAUGGCAGCAUUGAACUGUGGUGAACAAGUUCAUGGUACAAUCAUCCGUAGAGGCUUUAAUAAGAACUUGGCAUUGGCUAAUACACUUAUUGACAUGUAUGCCAAGUGUGGGAGCAUCACUGACGCGCACAAAAUAUUUAGUGACAUGUCUGAUAGAAAUUUAGUCUCCUGGACUUCCAUGAUGCUUGGAUAUGGGGAUCAUGGGCAUGGAAAAGAAGCUGUUGAGUUGUUUGAUGAGAUGGUAAUGUCAGGUAUUAGGCCAGAUCGAAUAGUGUUUAUGGCAGUUCUGAGUGCGUGCAGCCAUACUGGACUUGUCACUGAAGGCUUGAGGUAUUUCAAAUGUAUGGUAAAUGAUUACAAGGUUACUCCAGAUAAGGACAUAUAUAGUUGCGUGGUGGAUUUACUGUGCCGUGCUGGUAGAAUCAAGGAAGCUUAUGAGUUAAUAGAGAGCAUGCCAUUUAAGCCUGACGAGUCUUUUUGGGGUGCACUGCUUGGAGCUUGCAGAGCACAUAAGCUUCCCCAUUUGAGCAGACUAGCUGCCCAGAGGUUAAUAGAUUUGAGGCCAAACAUGGCGGGAACAUAUGUGAUGCUGUCAAAUUUUUAUGCCGCUGAAGGUAAAUGGGGAGAAUACGCCAAUAUGAGAAUGUUGAUGAGAGGAACAGGGAAUAAGAAAGAGGCAGGACAGAGUUGGAUUGAGGUAAGAAAUCAGGUUUAUAGUUUUGUUGUAGGAGAUAAGAUGGGUUCUCAUAUAAAGUGGGUGUAUGGAGUUUUGGAAUUUCUGAUUUGGCAUAUGAAAGAGGCCGAAUACUUAACUGAUUUGGAUUGCUCUAUACAUGACCAAGAUGAUGGAACCUGAACAGAAGCUGAAGCGAAGGAG